CCGGAUCACUCUGUUGAGUGACACCGCUGUGGCCUCGGAGGAGCUGUCGUCCGGCCUGCGCGGCGGGAAGCGGCGGCGGCCUCAACGUCCGAAGAGAAGCUGAAUCCAUCCAUCACCAUUCUUCAAAAUGCAAUGGAAUGUACCAAGGACUGUAUUCCAACUGGCACAUAGGACAUGCAUGGACCCACAUAAAGCUGGUCUUUUUGGACACUGUCAAUAUAUAAAGGGACCAUUACUUUUGUAUACAGCUGAAUCCAGAGUAGUUUUGGUACAGGUUCCUCUAAAACAAUGGCUGCAUUUAUCUGCUGCACAGUGCACUGCAAAGGAAAGGAAGCCAUUCGAUGCUCCUUCACCCCAACUGAGGGUUCUUCAUUAUAAACAGUGGGAGCAAGAUGCUUCCUCUAAGAGGGUUAUGUCAUCCAAUGCCACAUCUCCAGGAACGCCUUCAGAAAAAAAAGAAGAACCUGAUCCGUUACAAGACAAAUCUAUUAGCCUUUAUCAACGAUUUAAGAGAACUUUUAGACAGUAUGGAAAAGUGUUGAUUCCAGUGCAUCUAAUAACUUCUGGUGUUUGGUUUGGAACAUUUUAUUAUGCAGCCAUAAAAGGAGUGAAUGUCAUUCCUUUUCUAGAGCUUAUUGGGUUACCUGACAGCAUAGUAAACAUUUUGAAAAAUUCCCAGAGUGGAAAUGCCCUAACAGCAUAUGCCUUGUUUAAGAUUGCAACACCUGCCCGAUAUACCGUGACUUUGGGGGGAACCUCCUUCACUGUGAAGUAUCUGCGUAGUCGUGGCUACAUGUCAACACCUCCUCCUGUGAAGGAGUAUCUACAGGAUAAGAUGGAAGAGACAAAGGAGCUUCUCACAGAGAAAAUGGAAGAAACGAAGGAUAGACUCACUGAAAAAUUACAAGAAACCAAAGAAAAGGUUUCUUUUAAAAAAAAAGUGGAAUAGGGUGUCUUAUAUAAGAGGUUAUAAACGAUCCCUGCGCUUUAACCCUUAAGAGACGAGGGACAGAUUCAUGCUCCUGAGUAUAUUUUUGGUUGGUUUCCUAACUCUGCCAAUUCUCGGAGGGUUAAAGAACUAAGAUAACCUUUUUAACAUUAAGUGUCACUAGAAAAAUCAGUGUUCUUUGAAAAGAAAAAAAUGAACCCAGUAUAAGAAUUUCACAUCAAUAGCAGCAUUAAGCAGUGUUAAUGUCUAAGUCAGACUCUUUUCAAGGUCCUCAGAAGCAUACUUGCUUAUGUUUUGUUGCAGCUAUACUUUAGGCAGACGAGGCAAUUGACUUCUUGAAUAACUGAUGUGGCCCUAGACAGGAAGUUAAUGCUAGUGUUCAUCUUUAUGUUAUUCAUUGAGGUUUUAACUGUAUUCAGCCCUCAUUCUCAUUAUGGAGACAAACUUUUAUCAUCAAAACUGCCUAUGAAUAAAAGAAUAGUGUUUCUAUAAAAAAAAAGUGUUUAACAGUUACAUACCAGUUAAAAUAAUAGACUUUAUAUGAAGAAAAUUGAAUAAAAAUUGAGUUAUACAUGUAAAUAAGAUGUAUUGGUUAUAUGUAAAUGAAAAAAUUGACCAUUUAAAAAUGAUUUUUACCUGAAACUUGUCAUAAUCAAAUUUUUAAAGGAAAUAUAUAUGGCCAUAGUACCUUUUCACCUAGAACAUAAAACUAUGAAUUGUUUGUGUCCUUUUCAACUAAUUUUUCAGAGAAAAAGUGAAAGUAAUUAUACCGUAAGUUCAUUGUUGAAAUCAGAUGAUCUUAAGCAGCGAUUCACGUUUGUGGUUCUCAAGAAUAUACCGCUUUGGAAGAAUGGAAAAUGGCACCAGGUUGUCAUGGACCUACCCACUCUCCUGCCACUAGCAGGUCUCGUCUCCAUAAGCCAGCGCUCUCUCCCAGUGUCUUCUCCCAGAGUUAAUGGUGAUCUCAUUAUGGAAUAAAUUUUAAAAUUGUAGCUGCUGCUCUUUCCCUGAUAUUGAAUCCUUGCUUGAGCGUUUUACUUAAAAUUUUUUAUACUAAAACUAUCAUUAAAUUAUCUGCUUGGAAUGAAA